AUGGCCGUAGGACAUGAGAAGGACGGAGACUUCCUGGGAGUCAGUUCCGAAGAGGAGGAUGUGGAAGAUCAAGGCACUUGUAGUGAUGCAUCCGACCCUGAGACAGAUCCAGAGCCCAGCGGGAGUGAGGAUGCCAGUGCCUCUGGGGGCCACGACGAUGACGACUUUGGCGACGAUGACUCACAAUUGGAUGAGGAGAGCGCCUCUGACAGCGCCGUUGAAGACGAGGAGGAGGCUGGCGGGGGCGGAUUGCUGGCAGGGAAGCAGGCAUCCAUCGCCAAGGCCUUUGCAAAAAUCUUGAACAAGCAGCUGCCAAGGCCGGCAGUCGGCAAGGGUCAGGCGGGGGAGGAGGCCCCGGGGUCCUCGGCCCCGGCCCCCAUCCUGAUCUCGAGCGUGACGGUCGCCAAGCGGAAGGCAGAGGACGAGGCAGAAGGCGCUCGGACGAAGGCGGCAUGGAAGAUGAUGCAAGAAAUGCGAAAACGUGGCCACGUGAUCCCCGCCCGGCGCGGCGAGGAUCCCGAGGCCGACGCCCGGGAGAAGGCGCUGCAGCGGUCUGCCACACGCGGCGUGGUGCGCCUGUUCAACGCCAUCGCGGGCGCGCAGCGAAAGCGACGCGAGGCGGAGGCCUCCGGCGCGGGGGCGUCACAGGCGGCGCGCCUGGGGCGCGCGAGUCUCCUGUCCAAGCUGCGCAACCCGGGGCCCGCCCCAGAGACGCGCCUGGUGCCCAGUGCGCGGGGCGCGACGGGUCUUGUCCCCGGAGCUCCCGCCGCAGGCACUCGGGACCCUGCCAGCGAGAGCGAGGAGGAGGGAGGCGCGGGCCAGGGCUGGGAGGUCCUGCAGCGCUCCUUCACCGGGCUGCAGGGCGGACGCAAGAUGAAGGACUGGGACCGGGCCCAGGCGGCAGGGGAGGAGGAGGCGGUGGCAGGACUGGACUCCAGCGACUCUGAGUGA